AUUAAAGCUGCUGUCAAACAGUACACAAAUUAUAACAGCAUAUGUUUAUUUUAUAAUAUAUUCUAUAUUGUAAAUAUAAGCUCGAAGUAUAAAGUAUUUUUGAAAUUAGGACGAUUAACGCAAUAAAUAUUAGUAAUAAAUGGCAGACCCACAAGAUGAGCUGUGCCCACCACCUACAGAGGAUGAUGACUUGACUUUGCCUAGAGCAAGUAUUAACAAAAUUAUAAAAGAGCUGGUACCAUCAGUCCGUGUUGCGAAUGAGAGUCGAGAACUGAUACUUAAUUGCUGCACAGAAUUUAUACACUUAAUUUCAUCAGAAGCUAACGAUGUAUGCAACAGACGUAAUAAAAAGACAAUUAAUGCAGAGCAUGUAUUAGAAGCUCUUGACCGCUUGGGUUUCUGUGAUUAUAAACAGGAAGCAGAGGCCGUUUUGAAUGAUUGCAAAGAAGUUGCAGCUAAACGGCGACGUCAAAGUACACGACUUGAAAAUCUUGGUAUACCUGAAGAGGAACUUCUGCGGCAACAACAAGAACUUUUCGCUAAAGCUCGCGAAGAGCAAGCACGUGAAGAGCAACAACAAUGGAUUAGCAUGCAAGCAUCUGCUGUUCAACAAAAUGCUGAGCUAUUGCAUCGACAAAUGAAGUCUAGCAAUAGCGGAGGUUUAGAAGAUGAUGACGACGACGAUGAAGAAUACUAAUUGCUUUUAAACAGCUAUAGGUUUAAGAGCACUCCGCUAUGAAUUAUAAGAGGAUUUUUUAUAGUAAAUGAUACAUACAUACAUUAAAG